AUGAGUUCGACUAACCAAGAUGAAGAUGAUGCAAUAAUUGGAGUUGCAGUUACAUCUGCUUUAGCUACCGGAUUUGCAAUAAUUGUCAAUCGAGUCUAUUCAUCGAUGCUUCCACACUGUGCUUCAAGCAGUUUUGAAGCUCUAUCCAAUCCUUAUAAAAUCACCGGAUGGAACCGUCCAAUCGGAGAUAAUGAACAACCAUCGGAAGGAUCUGCACAUGAUUCUCGCAUAUUAAAUGACGCGUUGGAGAGACCACAUGGUCUCCAAAUCCCACAAGAAUACGCUAUCACUUACAAGAGUAAAGUGAUUGUCCUCCCCCAAAAUAAAAAAGAUCUAUUCAAUCUUUGUCAUGCAUCAUUGAGAUCCUCGGUUGAACGUGUCUUUGCUAUUCUAAAGAGACGAUUUCGUGUGAUUGAUAAUAAAGCUUUUUGGGACUUUAAGACACAAGUGAAUGUGGUAUUAGCGUCGUACAUUUUACAUAAUCACAUAGUUGAUUUGGAUCCAAAUGACAUGAUAAUACAAGAAGUAGAUAUUGAAGCAGUAAUUCAACCUCAAAAUGUUCAAAUUUCUCAAAAUUCUCAGGGAAUUCAAAGCUAUCAAACACAAAGAGAAAGGCGUGAAGAAGUUAGACAAUUAUCAUCAAAAAGAGAUGCAAUUGCUCAUGCCAUGUUUAUAAAUUAUGAUAGAUGGAGGAAUGAGGGUCUUUAG